UCAGUAAUAGCGGAAUUCGCCUCGCUUGCGGGGUUGGUUAUCCGUCGUACUUCUCACCAUUUGACAGUAGGAAUGUUUAAAACUGUUACCCAGUCGACAGUUCGUCUGAGGAUUGCGCUUGCCGGCCGUUGAGGGAUGUGCUUUGGAGACGUCAUAGUUGAAACCGGAAGUACGAGGAGGCGAACCCUCCUGUCCAUUCAGCGCUCUCUCAUCAGCAGCCGCCUCGCUGGCAGCUGCACCUCCGACACACAGACCCACAUCUGGCGGUCACUCCAGCCGUCCUGCUCUGCGGCAUGCCCGACCUCAUUUGAAAAGCUUGGAAGCGGAUUUUACGAUGUCGGAAGUACGGAAAUUCACCAAGAGGCUCAGCAAGCCUGGGACGGCGGCGGAGGUUCGGCAAAGCGUGUCUGAGGCGGUGAAGAGCUCCGUGGACCCGGUGGAGCAGCCCAAGAUCAUCGAGCCCCUGGACUACGAGGCAGUGGUGUUCCAGAGAAAAGCCCAGAUCCACAGUGACCCUCACAGAGACCUGCUGCUCUGCCCAGUUGACGAUGUCUCGGAGUCCCACAUUCCCCGUCAGAGGAAGACUGUCGUUCCAUCAGUGCCACAGAACGCUGAGCAGGAGGCUAAAACUCUCUUUGCUAAAGAGUGUAUCAAGAUGUACAACAGUGACUGGCGGGUGAUCAACUACAAGUAUGAGGCGUAUUCUGGAGACUUCCGCAUGUUGCCCAGUAAGGGCCUGAAGACAGACAAGCUUCCGACGCAGGUGUUUGAGAUCGAUGAAGACGCUAGGGAUGAGGACUCGUCAUCGUUGUGCUCUCAGAGGGGCGGCAUCAUGAAGCAGGGCUGGCUCCAGAAGGCCAACAUCAACAGCAGUUUGUCUGUCUCCAUGAGGGUGUUCAAGAGGAGGUACUUCUACCUCUCACAGCUGCCAGAUGGCUCCUACAUCCUCAAUUCCUAUAAGGAUGAGAAGAACUGCAAGGACACGAAAGGCUCCAUCUACUUGGACUCAUGUAUUGAUGUCAUUCAGAGUCCAAAGAUGCGGCGUAAUGGCUUUGAGUUGAAGAUGCAGGACCGCUACAGCCACUUCUUGGCUGCAGACACUGAGGCCGAGAUGGAAGACUGGGUCUCCACGCUGAAGCAGGCUCUUCAGAGCACAGGGGAGGCAUGUCAGGAGCGUCGGAAUGGAGCUGAGUCACUGGACUGUGUCCUGGACGAUGACACCAGCAGCCUGGGCAAAGGAGACAGCUUACUGGAAAAUAUUGGGCGGAGCUUACAUCCAGAACUGAUGAAGUUUGCCAGAGAGACUGAUCAAGUCAACAAGAUGAACAGAAAUGAUGGGCGACAGAAACUUUUCUCUCUGGAUCCGGAAACUCAAAAGUUGGACUUUUCUGGCAUCGAACCAGAUGUGAAGCCAUUUGAGGAGCGCUUUGGUCGGCGUUUUGUGGUUACUUGCCAUGAUCUGACCUUCAGUCUGCAGGCUUGUGUGAAUGAGAGGAGUGAUGCUGUCCCGACCAAUGUGGAACCCUUCUUCGUCAGUCUUGCUCUCUUCGAUGUCUCCAAGAACUGCAAGAUCUCUGCUGACUUCCACGUGGACUUGAACCCGCCCUGUGUCAGGGAGAUGCUGACUGACACUUCUGGCAAACUCUCCCCUUCCUCUGACUCAGAGGGGGACGGACGAGUGCGGGAGGGGGUCACCAACGGCGAUUCAGCCAGAGGGAACAGUCUUCCUGUGUUGCAGAGAGUGUCAGAGGCUCUGCUGCGUUUUCCUACUCAGGGUAUUUUCUCAGUGACCAACCCCCACGCUGACAUCUUCCUGGUGGCCCGUGUGGAGAAGGUGCUCCAGAAUGGCAUCACCCACUGUGCUGAGCCGUACAUGAAGACCUCGGAUGCCAGCAAGACAGCUCAGAAGGUUCUCAAAGCUGCCAAGCAGACCUGCCAACGACUUGGACAGUACAGGAUGCCAUUUGCUUGGGCUGCCAAGCAGGUGUUCAAGGACGCUCAGGGUGGUCUGGAUAUGGAUGGGAAGUUUUCUCCUCUCUAUAGACAGGACAGCAGCAAAAUCACCACUGAGGACCUCAUCAAGCUGCUGGCUGAUAUCAGGAAGCCGGAGAAGAGCAAGCUCCAGGUCAUCCCGGGUCAGCUCAACGUCACCGUUGAGUGUGUACCGCCAGACUUCCCCAACACAGUCACCUCCUCAUACGUACCGGUGAAGCCGUUUGAGGAUGCAUGCGAGCGAGUGUCUGUGGAAGUGGAGGAGUUUCUCCCUGAUGAGGCCAAGUACAACUAUCCCUUCACCUCCUACAAGAACCAGUUUUACAUUUACCCACUUCAGCUCAAGUACGACAACCAGAAGACCUUCACUAAGGCGAGGAACAUCGCAGUCUGCAUCCAGUUUAGAGACACAGAUGAAGAAGGUGCUGCUCCUGUAAAGUGCAUCUAUGGGAAACCAGGAGACUCACUCUUCACUGGCUGCAGCUACGCAGCGGUCCUGCACCACAACCAGAGCCCUGAGUUCUAUGAUGAGGUGAAGGUCGAGCUGCCAGUCCACCUGCAUGAAAAACACCACGUCCUUUUCACCUUCUAUCACAUUAGCUGUGAGUCCAGCAACAAGACUGGCAGUAAGAAGAGGGAAGGAGUGGAGUCAUUAGUGGGCUACUCAUGGAUGCCUCUGCUGAAAGAAGGCAGGAUGCAGUCCACGGAGCUUCAUCUCCCGGUCGCUGCUACCCUUCCGCCAGGAUACCUGUGCCAGGACUCCCGAAAGUCGCAGCCAGACAUCAAAUGGGUGGAGAACGCAAAGACGCUCUUUCGAGUCAGAACUCAUGUAGCCUCAACAAUAAACACUCAGGACCUUCACCUCCACAAGUUCUUCCAGCACUGUCAGCUCAUAGCAGUCACAUCUGAGGGGAACCAGGCGGAACUCAUCAAGUACUUGAAGUGCCUUCAUGCCAUGGAGACACACGUUAUCAUCAACUUCUUGCCCAUCGUGCUGAAUCAGCUGUUCCAGGUGCUUUCAACGACAACCAAAGUUGCCCAUGACAUUGCUGUCAACUCCCUCCGUGUGAUCAUCCACAUUGUCUCCAGAUGUCAUGAAGAAGGGCUGGAGCACUUUCUGCGCUCCUAUGUUAAGUUUGUGUUUGCCAACCGCAGUCCUGUUUCAGGACACCUUGCCAACACUCAUGAGGUGCUGGCCACUUCAGUCACAGCCAUCCUCAAACAGACAGCCGACUUUAACACAAGCAAUAAACUACUCAAGUAUUCCUGGUUCUUCUUUGAAACCAUGGCCAAGUCCAUGGCCCAGUAUCUGCAGGAGGAAAACCGUAUGAAGAUGCCGCGGAGUCAGAGGUUUCCAGACAGCUUCCAUCAAGCACUCCAGUCACUGGUGCUGUCCAUAAUGCCGCACAUCACCAUCCGCCACACAGAAAUCCCAGAAGAAGCUCGCUGCGUCAACCUGAGUCUGGCUGCUUUCAUCAAGAGGUGUUUGACCUUCAUGAACCGAAGUUUUGCCUUCAGUCUCAUCAACCACUACAUGUGUCAUUUCACUCUCAAGGACCCAAAGGGUCUUACUGAGAUGAAGUUUGACUUCCUAAUGUCAGUGUGCAACCACGAACAUUUCAUCCCCCUCAAUCUCCCCAUGGCAUUUGGUCGCACUAAACUGCAAAGGGUUCAAGAUUUUAUUCCGUAUGCGACGGAGCUUUUUGGCCCAGUAGAUCAAAGUCUGGAGUUCAGCCUCACUGAGGACUAUUGUCGGAACCAUUUCCUGGUGGGUCUCCUGAUGAGGGAAGUAGUGGAGGCCUUACUGCAAGGCCCAGAGGUCCGGCAGCUGGCCGUGAGUGUCCUUAAAAACCUCCUCAUCAAGCACUCCGCUGAUGACCGCUAUACCACUUACAAAAACCAGCAGGCCAGGAUCUGUCUGCUCUACCUUCCACUACUGGAGCUACUCUACCGAAACCUAAAGCAGCUGUCAGCACAGUCUUCCGCCUCCAGCCCGGGGCUAGGUCUUAAUGGCUCCAGGGAUGACCUGAUGUCCAAUACUUCUGUCGACAGCAGGAGAGUCAGCGCCGCGCUAGACAAAGACCAUGGUGUUUUGCUGCAGAAUGGCCAUGUAAGGAGAGAGGAUUCCAGAGGAUCGCUCUUCAUGGAUCUAGGAACGCCGGACAGUUUUGAGCUGCAGAGACGCGGUUCCUCCAUGAGCAGCAGUCCAGUCCCGUCCACAUCCAGACUGGGUCGUUACGAGAUCCGAGGCCUACUGCUCUCUUUCCUGCACAUUGUAAAAACUCUGUCAGAAGACACUUUGGCUGCUUACUGGAUGAAACUUAACCCACCAGAUGUCAUGAACUUCCUGAGUUUACUAGAGAUCUGCCUUGUCCAAUUCCGAUACAUUGGGAAGCGCAAUAUUGGGAGGAGUCAAGACGCGUGUGCUUCCAAGCUCUUCUCACCGGACAGGAAGUCACAGACGAUGCCAGCCAUGCGCUACAACCGAGCCAGUCUGUUGCAGACGAAGAUCAGUCAGUUCAGCACCAUGGAGGCAUCGCUCACCCUCAACAUAGGGACUGGCCCUUCAGAGGCAGAAAUCCAUCAUCUGGCUCUACUAGAAGGAAACAUCUCCACAGAGGUCUGCCUGAGUGUUCUGGAUGUUCUCGCUCUCUUUUGUCAGUGCUUCAAGACCCAGCUCAUGGAGAGUGAAGGACAUAAUCCCCUAAUGAAGAAAGUGUUUGAUGUUUACCUGACCUUCCUUCAAGUUGGCCAAUCAGAGGCUGCCCUCAAGCAUGUGUUUGCUGCCCUCAGGGCUUUUAUUCACAAGUUCCCUUCGGUGCUGUUCAAGGGCCGAGUGACGCUUUGCGAGGCUCUUUGCUGCGAGGUGCUCAAAUGCUGUGUGUCUCGACUGGCGUCCUUACGCGCCGAGGCGUCUGCUCUGCUCUACCUGCUCAUGAAGAACAACUACGACUUCACUAAGAGGAAGACCUUUCUGCGUACCCACCUGCAGAUCAUCAUUGCAGUGAGUCAGCUGAUCUCUGAUGUGGCACUUAGUGGCAGCUCCCGCUUCCAGGAGUCACUUUCUAUAAUCAACAACUUUGCAAACAGUGACAAGGCCAUGAAGUCUACGUCAUUUCCAUCAGAGGUAAAGGGUCUGACCAAGAGGAUCAGAACGGUGCUGAUGGCCACGGCCCAAAUGAAGGAGCAUGAAAAAGACCCUGAGAUGCUGCUGGACCUGCAGUACAGCCUGGCCCGCUCCUAUGCCAGCACUCCAGAACUGAGGCGGACCUGGCUGGACAGCAUGGCCAGAGCACACCUGAAGAAUGGAGACCUAUCUGAGGCCGCCAUGUGUUACGUUCAUGUUGCAGCGCUGGUCGCCGAAUAUUUGCACAGAAAAAAGCUGUUCCCCAGUGGUCUUGCAGCCUUUAAAAGGAUCACUUUCAAUAUUGAUGAGGAAGCCGCCAUGAAGGAAGACACUGGCAUGCAGGAUGUCUACUACACCGAAGAAGUGUUGGUGGAACACCUUGAGGUUUGCGUGGAGGCACUCUGGAAAGCUGAGCGCUAUGAGCUCAUCACACAUGUCGCUAAACUGAUCAUCCCAAUAUACGAGAAGCAUCAUGAGUACCAGAAACUAAGUCGUCUUUAUGACACGCUGCACCGAGCCUACAACAAGAUUAUGGAGGUGAUCCAGUCGGGCCGCAGAUUGCUGGGGACAUUCUUCAGAGUGGCUUUUUAUGGACAGGUCAGUUCUUCCAAGGGAUUUUUUGAGGAAGAGGAUGGCAAAGAGUACAUCUACAAGGAGCCCAAACUCACCACGCUGGCAGAAAUCUCUCAGCGACUCAUGGCACUUUAUGGGGAGAAGUUUGGACCAGAGAACGUCAAGAUAAUCCAGGACUCAAACAAGGUAAAUCCAAAGGACUUGGAGUCCAAAUUUGCCUACGUCCAGGUGACCUUCGUCAAGCCCUUCUUUGAGGAGAAGGAGGCUCCAGAGAAGAAGACAGACUUUGAGAAGAAUCACAACAUCAACCGUUUUGUGUUUGAGAGUCCAUACACGCUGUCAGGGAAGAAACAUGGUGGUGUGGAGGAGCAGUGCAAGAGGAGGAUCGUCCUCACAACCGCCAACACUUUCCCCUACGUGAAGAAGCGUGUGGAGGUGGUGGGGGAGAAGCAUGUGGAGCUCAAGCCAGUGGACGUGGCCAUCGACGAGAUGAAGGCCCGCACAGCUGAGCUGACUAAGCUCUGCUCCAGCCAGGAGGUGGACAUGAUCCAGCUGCAGCUCAAACUUCAGGGCUGCGUCUCUGUGCAGGUGAAUGCUGGUCCGAUGGCCUACGCCAGAGCCUUUCUAGAUGAUAAGAAGUCCAGCCAGUCCAACAACAAGAAGGUGAAAGACCUGAAGGACAUUUUUAGGCGUUUUGUGCAAGCCUGCAGCAUGGCCCUGGACAUCAACGAGCGUUUAAUCAAGGAAGACCAGUUUGAGUACCACGAAGGCCUCAAGUCCAACUUCAAGGAGAUGGUGAAGGAGCUCUCUGACAUCAUCCAUGAGCAGAUCUACCAGGAGGACAUGAUGCGUUCACUGUUGCACAACUCUCUGCAUGUGUUCCGGGCCAUCAGUGGGACGUGCACAGAUCUGGGCUAACAUUUGUGACUCUGACGGACAUCACCACGAACAAAGAAAUGUGGCAUUAUAUUUAUGACCUGCUUUUUGUCCCAACAAAUAACAGGAACGAUAGGCCUUGGAUGUCCCGCCUCCUGCUGUAUUCCUCAGCAACCGCAACCUCAACACCUCCUUGUCAUGUUUCCUUUCAAAGUGACCUCUUAAGCAUUUUGAGCAUAGCCUGUGCUGCUACUGUAUGAAGGUUUUGAAUGUAUCGCUGCAUGUCUGGUUCAGCUUCUGCCAUGAGCACUAGCUGCAGCAUUUUCUCUUUCACAGUAAAAGCUUUUUUAUGACCCCCUCAGCAGAUCUAUGCAGGAUUAGUAUCAGGAAGUUGAAGGACUUUUUAAGGAAUACCUUUGUGGAUGGUGUCAAGGAACGUAGUUGUUCCAUUUUUUUUAAUUCUUGUUAAAAAUGUCACUGUUCAAAACUCCCAGAAAAGGCUUUUACUAGUUUUCCUUUAAGGUCAUCCAUUCAUUGUCAGUGUACUGGCCACUUCCUGUUACUCACUUUGUCAACAGUUCCUUUAACUGUGUGAACUUUCGACCUCCAGUAUUUCUCUUGCGCCUAAAGUCUGAAUAUUUUAUUCAGAUCCACUGGAAAGCUCUUAUUAAUGGCCAAAUGUGUCCUUUCCUGGGAAAUGUUUUAGUGUUGAGGUUAAUGCUGUCCAGGUCGCUCCUUGCACCUGGAAUUCAUAAAUGCCUGCCAUCCAUGACAGUACCAGUCCUUACAAGUUUGAUGAACCUAAAACGUGUCAACAUGAAUUGAAAAUACGUUGACAAGGAUUCAGGAUGUUGCAACACGCAUCGCUCCAAACAUAAUCCCUGUAUGUUUUUAUUGUAUGACAUGGUGCCUUUGACGUUCUCAGAGGAGCCGGAUUCUUCCACAAGUGCUACACUGAAAUGAUCCUGGUAUUUACGCAGGUGUACAUAAUUUGUUUUCAGGUUGUAAAUGUUUGUAUUUAUAUCGGAACAAAACUGGGAGUUUUUAUGUACACGGAAGUGCAGCUGUUUCUCUAUCACACGUUCUUAGUGCUUUUUCUUGCUUUUUCUUCGGCCCGUUGCUCAAGUCAAAGAUCUCCAACGGAUUCAUUUAAUGUACUACGAAUGAUUUCAGAGCACAUGUCAAUCUGAAAAUGUGGAUCAAAAUAAAUAUACUGGAACUUUUGUCCAUUGUUCUGGUUAGUUCAUUUGAUCAUAAAUGGUGUGUGUUUUUUUUCCUCAUUCCUCAUUGCUGAACUUUUUCAAGAUAUGCUUUGUAUUGUUUUUCAUAGAAAAUGUUAAUACCCAAUACUUUUCACCAUUGCUCUCAUUCUUUGUGAAAUACUGUGUUUGUAUGAUACUUGCAAUUUUGAUAGUAACCUUUUUUGUGCUAACAAUAUGUGCUGAUAUUUUAUAUGGCAUAAAAGUAAUAUUGAUU